AUGGCCGACCACAGCUCUCCAAAUUACAAGGAUCUUUACCUGAAAGCAGAAGAGAGACGGAAACAGGAAGAAGAGAGACGGAAACAGGAAGAAGAGAGACGGAAACAGGAAGAAGAGAGACGGAAGCAGGCAGAAGAACGUGAGAAGCAGGAAGCAGAAGGGAGACGGCAGGAAGCAGAAGGGAGACAGCAGGAAGCAGAAAGGAGACGACAAGCAGAAGAGCGCAACCAACAGACCUCUUUCACAGAGCUUUUACAGCACUGCCACGAUCUUCUCUCCCGCCAGUUGAGAGUCGAGACACCAUCUCGCUCAACCACUGGCAAUAUACCCCUUCCAACCGGAAAAUACUGCCCAACGCGAUUGGAUCAUUGGACCGAAUGCUCAGAGCAGUUGCUAGGGGUAUACAAGUCUGUCUGUCAAUAUCUUCAGUCGGAGCCAGGGCAGGCGCCACGUUUAUUUUCGCCUCUACCGGAGUUAGAAGGAAUUGGUCGUCGAUUUGCCCGCAAGCCACUCAGUAGUGAGCAAGAUCUUGAGGCCUAUGAGCGGUUUGGAGUGGAAGAGCAUGUCCAUGACAUAAUAGCUGAGUUGUGCAAACUACCAGCGGCUUGUGAUGAGUUCGGCCUCGGUGAUGGAAUCCAGUUUAGCAAUCACACAAAUUCUUUGAGCAGGAACGAAACAUUUGGAGCGGAUACAAGCCAGCUGUCAAGCACACCUCACCCACGACCAGACCAGUUUUGUAUUCAUCGUGUCGACGGCAACACAAACACCCUCCUGACGACUGUCGAGUACAAGCCGCAUCACAAGCUGCCUGUCGCAACUUUUCGUAUGGGACUACGACCAAUGGAUUUGUGGAAGGAAAUGGUCAGGUCAAAUAAGAUACCCACUAAUCAGGAUGCGAAGCUGAGGUACAAUGCACAGCGGCUUGUCUGCUCUGCUAUUGUCCAAGAAUAUCAUGUUAUGAUUCAAGAAGGACUCGAAUAUUCCUACCUAACAAAUGGAAUUGCCCGUGUUCUACUUCGUGUUCCACAAGAUGAGCCCACCACACUUUACUACUUUUUCUGUGACCCCCACAGUGAAAUGGACUCAGCAGCGGAUACAGUUCUCCAGCUAUCAAAGACCUCUGUUGCGAGGGUUUUAUGCCUUUGUUUGAUGGCAUUUCGUUCACCCGCACGUGGGCAAGAGUGGAGAAAUCGCUGGCGUCCCGAUCUUCAUGUGUGGGAAACAAGCUUUGAACAUACGCGUUCCCAGAUCCCGAGAAAAGAAUUGCAGCAGAUUCUUCACUCCGAUAGCACAAACCCUGAGUUUCCGAGCCCGGAGUCUGGUUCGUCCUAUGAAUUACCAUCGUCAUCUCCGCUACCGUCUCCAUCAGAGGGCCGUCGAGUGCCUACACGAUCUCAAACCAGCUGUGCGCCUUCGGAGAUCCGACGGCGCUCUCGGUCACCUAACUCGUCCGGGUCCGACACAAAUAAAACAGCUGGCCAUAAGCGGAGGAUUAGCCAAGUCACGCCUUCGCCGUCCGCUCGGCGAUCAGAUCGCCAGCAAGAGUCAAGCCAUGACCAAGAAGACCAUUCUCGACGCCGCGCUGCACAAUUUUGCACGCAACGAUGUUUACUCGGCUUGCAGACCGGAACAUCCCUGGAUGAGUUGUGUCCAAACGUGGACCAUCAUCGGUGGCGCCAAGACGACCCGACUCAGCAUGCUAUCUCGGUUGGAGAUUUGAUGCUUUCGCUGAAGAGCCAAGUGGACGAAAAUAUCGAUCGUUGCAUUCCUCUUGGCGGUUGUGGCUCCUACGGUGCCCCGUUCAAACUGACUUGCACGAGAUACGGUUACACGGUCAUCGGUAAAGGCACCACUUUGGGGUUGUGGAAAGAAGUUUCCCGUGAAGCGCAUGUAUAUCAGAUCCUGCGCCAAGUUCAAGGAUCUGCUGUGCCUGUCUUUUUGGGAACCAUUGACUUAGCUAAAACCUACUUCCUUCAUGGCGCUGGAGAAAUCCGCCAUAUGCUCGUAAUGGGCUGGGGAGGUGAAAGCACCGCAACGAUGGAGCUGACUCAACACCUUCGCCGCGAGAUUCACAAAUCGAACAAGGAAAUCAAAGCUCUCGGGAUAAUACAUGAAGAUCUCAGGCGAGACAAUGUCCUUUGGAGUGAAGAGCUUGGGCGUGCUUUGAUCAUCGACUUUCACCGUUCUACUCUGAGAUGCCGACCGGCUAAGCAGCAACCGGGGGCCGCAAAACGACGACUAUGUCGAGUGGAGGCAGGAGAUGCAAAACGUCUUCGGGUUUCGUGA